AUGGCCAAGCCAUAUGGAUCCACAUCGCUUUCAGAUGUUGAACAGCGCGCUCGUCGUGAGUCUUUGGAUACAUUCCCUCUCUACGCACAUCUCUCAACACUGGUCGUUCCGCUGGUAUGGCUAUGCUACCGUUUCACGCAUUUUAGUGUUAGAGUCCUUGCCAGGACUGUUGGUAAACGAACAAGCGCGGGGCACGUGGACGCGUCUCCGGAAUCAUCGAAAACCCUAUUGGCUAAAGAAACCAAGCAGCGCUUCCUACGGAAAAGACUGAGGCCUUAUCAAAGAAUUACAUGGUGGCUCGGGCACUAUAUCGUUAUUCAUGGUGAGACUUGGGGCCGUCGAGACGUUUGGAUUUUUGGCUCGGUGUGGUUCGCGUGGCUGGCGUUUUUGUGCUUUCUCAGUACCGGAAACGAUGUUAUCCAUCUGGCCAGGCGAUUCGGUAUUAUUGCAACUUCCCAGCUCCCGGCACAAUACCUCCUGGGUAUGAGAUCUUUCAAUCCGUACGCCCGGGUAUUUGGAUUGUCCCACGAGGAACUAAACCGCUGGCACCGAAUGCUCGGACACAUUAUAAGUCUCUUGUGGCUACUUCACGGUUCUCUCUACCUUGUCUAUUUCAAGAGUCAGGGCAUCUUGUUCCAGAAACUUUCCACUGCUGUAGUAGUGAUUGGUCUGGUCUUGUUGCUCGUGCUCAUAUUGGUCAACACGACAAGCCUACGUGCUGUCAGGCACUUCUCCUAUCGUAUUUUUCUCACAACACACAUCGCCUUCAGCUUAGUAUCGCCGGCCUUGCUUUAUUUCCACACCGAACAUGCCCGCCUAUACGUUUUGGAGGUACUCACAUAUUACUUGGUUGAUCUCGUCAUUCGGAAGAGAUGGUCUAUUGUGACGAAGGCGUUGCUCCAGCCACUGCCAGGCGCAAACUUGAUUAGGAUAUCUGCCAUCAUUCCGCCAGAAAAGAUUAAGUCAUUUCGAUGGCAACCUGGCGCUUAUGUCUAUGUUGGCCUCUUGGAACCUACACGCCCCAAAUGGACCUCCAGUGGUUUCAUUUCAAAUCCUUUCACAGUAGAAAGUUUCGACAUAACCACAGGUACUGCCACUAUCUUGGCUCGCCCGCGGCAUGGUCCGAUGACGAGGACUUUGGCGCAUCUUGCGCACACAAAUCCGUGUCAUACGAGUGCCAUAAGCGAUGCGGAGUCGCGACAGAUCUUGAUAAGUCUUGAGGGGCUUUAUGGAUCAGCUCUACAUUUCCCGGAGUUCUCGGAAGCUUCAUUCGAUUACGUACUGCUAUUUGCAGGAGGGGUUGGUGCCACCUUUAUACUGCCGAUCUACAGACGCAUUCGACAGGAGAUGUGCGUUGAUGUUAGCAUGAUUUGGGCUGUGCGAGAUAGAAAAGAAACGACUGUAUAUUCUGGAGCAGGGGAGGCGCUUGGUGAUGAAGUACAGGUUUUAGAGACGCGCAGCAGCCAACAACUAGACUGGGAGAGUAUCGUGGACGGUGCUUUUGAAGAUUUGCCAGGUCAUAGGAUCGCUGUCUUGGUCUGUGGACCCUGUCAAAUGUCACUCGAAGUGAGGAGGUAUGUAACACCAUGGGUAGCCAAAGGAUGGCACGUGUGGUGGCAUAGUGAGCAAUUUUCCUAG